CUUUUGCAUAUAUUUCUCAGAAGUCAGAAAGUGUCUGACCUACUUUGGCCUGUAAACCUUCGUCAUCUUCAUCUCCCUACCGCAGGACUUUAAUUUAAAAUCUGACCUGUUAAUCUGAUUUCUUGAAUGACUGUUCAUGUCCUGGAUGACACAGGAUGCGACAGUGACGGUGGUGGAGCAAAUGACGCCUGGGAGCUCUUACUUAUCACUGAUAAUUCUUAAUUAGUAUCAUGGUAUCACCUGUUUACCCCACUGCUUUAUGGCUGCUGUGAAAAAGGCUGAAUAGAGCUGUUGUGUGACAUGGGUUGGUAAUAAAAAUGCAGCUUUGUGGUUUUCUUUCUGAUUCACACGCCGGGUCAAUGAGGCUGAAGCAUGCGAGUUACUGUCAACAGUUGUGAGAGCAGCAGCUGUAAACACAUAAUUCACAACUCCGCUUCCUGUCUUCUUCGCCUGCUGCUAUUGGCUGAGCUGUUCGUCCACUCGUGGUCGCGUCCCACCAGCAGUCCGUACCUCUGUAAACACUUUGCAUCAAUGAUCACUAAGGUGGAGGAGCUGACGAAACUUUCCAAAAAACUUCAUGAGUUGUCAGACAAUGUACUCGCUACCUUUGCCGGAGUGGAGAACAGACUGGACGGUCUUCCUAAUAUAAAACAAAACGCUGAAUAUUUCAACUCGCUGCAGGUGAACGUGUCCCUCUCCGAGCUGUACGGGUACACUCAGUCCUUCAAACUGCACGUCGACUGGUUGAAAACAGUCAAAGAAAACCACACUUUGUCCACCCAGUCAUCUUCAAACGCAAGCACUUACCUCCUGCAACUAUCCAACCAACUUAAUGCAUCUCUUCAACAGAUCAGUGCUGAGGUUCCUCAGUCGCCGACUCCCUCGUCCCUCCCUGUCGUCUCCACAGCCUUCGAUGAACUCCAGUUCUCCGUCGAGAUCUCUACACGGCUACAAGUGUUUUGUAGCUGGACAAAAAGAGUGUUAAAGUUCCUCCAGAAGCUGUCCCGCUGUCAUAGACAUUAACCCUCUGCCCAUUUCUGUUUCUUUUACUGCAAAACCACUGUUAACUUAUGUUAUAUGCAAGCCAGCAAGGAGUUUUAGCCGUCCUAGCAGCAUGUCUCCAGGGAUGGUAUUGUAGGUUGUUUACUUCUUCAAAUGGGAAUAUCCCAACAAAUAUUGGAUGGAUUAAGAUGAAGUUCAGUACAGAUGUUCAUUGUGCACAGAGGAUGAAUUUCAAUGACUUUGGUGAUACCCUGACCUUUUUUUGUAGCGUUACCAAGUAGUCAAAGUUUUCAUGAAGAGUCCAGUUAUUUCAAUAUCUAGUGGCUAGCUAGGUACAAAAUUUAGUACUGACUUUCAAGGUCCCCAGAAGAUGAACCCUUCUGACUAUGGUGAAUUCCAGAGUUCCCAAAGUUUGUUUGUUUCAGUAUUUUUGUAAUCUUUUCAUCUCACGGCGCCACCACCAAGUCAAAAAUAAUUCAAUACUUUUGUUUUUGACCAAAUAUGUGCAAAAUCUACGUCAAAUUUGUGCCGUACGUCACUCUUGCUUCAUUAGUAUGUUGGCAUUGUUUCUUUGUUGGCAAACUAAUGUUUGCGUUUAGCUCAAAGCACCAUUGUGCCCAAAUAGAACAGCUAAUAUUGCUCUUAUUUACACGUGAUGAUAUGCAGGAUGUAGCAGGAUGAACAUCAAACGACUGUUUUGACGUAAUAUGUUGAAUUUUUGAGGCAUUUUUGUGAACUGUUUACACAAGUUGUCAAUGCUGCGUUGGCCACGACACAUCAACAUCUAUUCAGCAGUGAAACUGAAUGUACAUGUAGUAAUAUGCCGUACUAAUGCACUGUGCAGAGGUAGUCCGACCUGUGACCUUUACUCCCUUUGAGGCUGUUUACAUUUACAGUGCCUGCUAAGUGUUGAUUUACUCAAUGGGCUAAAUGACAAGCAAAUGUUGUGUAAUAAUAUUUUUCUACUUUUGUUUUUUUAACCUAUUUAGAAUGAUAUUUAUGAGCUUUUUAUAUUAUGUGAGAUGCAGGCAUCUCAUCUUUUUUUUAUGGGUAAUGUAUUAUGUAAUAUUUAUUAAUAAUAAUAAUAAUAAUAAUGAUAAUAAUAAUAAUAUUGUCAAGUUUUGUAUUACUAUUUAUACUUUGUCUAUGUUUUGGUUUUGUACGUUUUUCAAGUCAUUAAUAAAAUGUUAAAAAGAGAUC